AUGCACUAUUUUUCAACGGCAACCGGCAUCGGACAUAAUAUGUUACGAAUACCAAUUGGUUGCUCAGAUUUUUAUCUCGAAAAAUGGACGUAUGUGAUGGAUUCAGAUAAUGAUUUGCAACUUUUGAACUUCACAAAAUUAAAUGAACGCGAUACAAUCCGUAAUGCUGCAAUUAAAGAAAUGCAACAAAUUCGAGGAAACGGUAUUGAUAUUUUAUUGUUGGGUGCUUCGUGGUCGCCUCCAAUUUGGAUGAAACAAAAUCAUCAAUGGUAUUGCAAAACUGAUAAUCAAUUGAUACCCGCUUACUAUCAAAUGAUGAACUAUGACGGUAUGAACAUUUGGGGUAUAUCAACUGGUAAUGAACCGGAGGCCGAUAAUCAUGCCGAUUGGCUGGUAGAUAAUCUUGUGCCAGCGUUGAAAGAGUCUGGACAUUCCGAUAUUAAAAUACAUAUUUACGAUCAUAAUCGAGACAGUGCUAUUUCGUGCUAA